AUGGAUAUGAAUAAAAAGGUCUUCACAACACAAAUCCUAAUUCUAAUUCCUUCAAAACAUGUCCAAACAACAACAAUAACUCCUAAUGUCAAAGUUGAUAUUUUGAAGCUUCAAUCGAAGAAGGGAUUUAAUGUCAAUGAAAUAGGUUCAAGAUCUUCGAUAGUUAAAUUUGUUGCAACCUUAGAAACAAAUGUAAAAGGUAAAAGUUUUCAUGUUGAACCUUCUGGAGAGGAGAAAAAGAGAUUGCAAGAACUUGAAUUGGAAAAUAUGAAGCAACUCAACAACAUCAUGAGACAAAGAGAAAAAGACCCACCUGCUCUUGAUAAGGAGGAUCUAAACAAAUUAUGGUGCUAUGAAACCAUCGAGACAAUAGUUAUUGCUGAUGUUGAUGCAUUCUAA